AUGAAAAUGAACAUAUCCCUUUUUUAUGUUGAUGAACAACAUAACGAGUCUAGUCUAUUGGACAUUUAUGAUCCAAGAACAUGGAAUAACCUUAGUAAUGACUUAAGAGAUGAAUUACUAAGAAAUGGUCCUAUAAGAGAUGUGUCAAUUGUGAAUGGUCCUAAAGAUACUUUUGGUAGACAUUUCUCAUCAUCAUGUUAUAUCCGUUAUUGUUCUAAUGGAGAAGAGCAAGAUAGGAAUUGGCUUGUUUAUUCAAAAGAAUUGGAUAGAGUUUUCUGUUUUUGCUGUAAGUUAUUUGGUACAAGUAGUAAAAUGAAUCGCUUAGCAAAUGAAGGUUUUAAUGAUUGGAAACAUAUUUAUGAAAGGCUUAAAGAACAUGAAUCAAGCGGUGCACACAUGUCUUUCAUGAGUAAAUGGAUUGACUUACAAAUUAGAUUUAAAAAAAAUAUAACAAUUGAUAAACAUCUUCAAGAGCUUUUAAGAAAUGAAAAAAGGCAUUGGAAAGAUGUAUUACUUAGGAUAGUUUCUGUUACUAGAUAUCUAGCUGAGCAAAAUUUAGCAUUUCGUGGAAAAAAUGAGAGGAUUAAUGUGGAAAACAAUGGAAACUUUCUUUCUCUUGUUGAAAUGAUUGCUGAAUGGGAUCCUGUCAUGCAAAAACAUUUUGAACGAAUUAAGAAUAAUGAAAUUCAUUACCAUUAUCUUAGUCAUAAGAUUCAAAAUGAAUUGAUUAACAUGUUAGGUAAUGAAGUCAAAAGUGCAAUAGUCGAAAAAAUCAAAGAAGCAAAAUAUUUUUCUGUGAUUCUUGAUUGUACUCCUGAUGUAAGUCAUCAAGAACAAAUGACUCUAAUUAUACGUUGUGUGGAUGUUUCUACAAGUCCAAUAAAAAUUGAAGAGUUUUUUGUAGAAUUUUUGAAAGUCUAUGACACAACAGGUCAAGGAUUGUUUGAAGAAUUAAAAAAUGUAUUAGAAACUCUUAGUCUAGAUAUUAAUAAUGUGCUUGUAAAAGUUCGGUUUAUUCCGGCUUUUCCCUUUGUAUUAAUUUGUGCACUCCUAGUGCCAUAUUUUAAUAUAACUUCUAUUGCUUAUCAAAAAAAAAUGUGA